UUCGAAGAAAAUCCUUACCUCUCCACAUCUAAUCAUGAUGGACGAGGCAUCACUGAAUGGAAUAUUGAUGGUCUGGCUGAGCAUCAGAUCUACAAUAAGCUCCAUGAGAUAGCGGUAGCCAUCACAGCCUACAAAAUCAAAGGUUCCUCUGACAAAGGUGCCGCCACCAUGGUUGUCUCGGGUUUCACCGGUAUGAUCAAACACUGGUGGGACAAUUAUGUCUCUGAGGAAGAAAAGAACCUCAUCUAUAAUGCCACGGUUCUUGAACAGGUAACCCGAACUGUUAAUGGUCAAGAAACCCUGGUUCAAGAAGCACAAGAAGACGCUUGUGCAACCCUGCUCUAUCACAUAUCUAGACAUUUUGUAGGAGAACCAAAACUCUUCCAAGAUAGAAGUCUAGAAAUUCUCAAUAAUCUUCGCUGCAAAAAUCUUGCAGAUUUUAGAUGGUAUAAGGAUACCUUCCUUGUUAAAGUCAUGAUCAGACCUGACUGCAAUAAUGAUUUCUGGAAGGAGAGAUUCAUCAGUGGUCUUCCCCCAUUAUUUGCAGACAAAGUCCGAACAAAACUUAAGGAUAGAUUUGAGGGUCAAAUUCCUUACAACAUACUCACCUACGGAGACUUAGUAAGCUUCAUUACCACUACUGGGAUAGAACUCUGUACGGACCUCAAGCUUAAACAACAGUUGAAGCAGAAUCAUAAAUACGGUCUGACAACCUUCUGCCAAGAUUACGGUUUUACUGACCUCCAUGACCGAAAGAGGCAUAAAAGAAUGCCCCCGAAACGUCAUAAAAAAUCUUAUCCAAAAAGAAAGACUUCCUAUAAAGAAUCAAGUUCUUAUAAGGAGUCAAGUAAGCCCCGCCGAAAAACCAGGCGCAAAUCUUUCGCAAAAUCUAAAGAUACCUGCUGGACUUGCGGCAAGACCGGUCAUAGAGCGAAAGAUUGCACAUCAGGUAAACGAAAAAAGAUCAAUCUUCUUGAUCUACCUGAUGAAACCAAAGAAAAACUCUUCUCUAUUAUGGAAGACCCCUCCGAACGCUGA